AUGGUUGCAUCACAAGGCUUCGUAGGAGCUGAGGAUGCCACUGGAGAGGACAAGAAGGAUCGAGUGUUUGCAGAAGUGCAAAAUAGGGGCGUGGGGCGGCAUAAUGGAGAGCAUGCAGCCCACAGACUGGACAGCUUCAUUCUCCCUUGGGAUGAGGACAUCCUGGGGUUAAAGGCCACCAACAGAGCAGGAAUCGCAGAAGAUGACCUGAAGUACAAUUUAACAUCAGUUCUGCAGAUUCAGGCAGAUUCAGACAGCGAGAGAUUAAAACGGAGAAAACUGGCCAUAGUUAAGGUAUCAGCCUUGGCUUUGAAAGAGCUGACUUCUGUUCCUUAUUAUGUCAGAUUCUUCAUCUGUAACAUGGGAAUAGUAAUUGCCAUGUCACACUGUGUUGUGAAGUAUCGACACGUGCAGCAGGAAAUAAUGAAGCUUUCUGUGGAUGUUGCAGUGGCGUAUUUGAGGAGGAAGUUACUUUUUACAGAAAACGGGGUUGAUCUCCAGGUUUGUACUUCUAAAAAUCCAACAUGCUGUACCAAAAAGAUGGAAGAACGAUAUCAGACUGCAGCAAAGCAAGAUAUAGAGCAAGUGCUUCAAACAUCAAGUGCUACAUUAAAAUUUUUAAUAUCUCAUAAUGCAGCUGCUUUUCAAGAAACCUUUGAAAUGCUUAUCAGACUGGCUGAGAACUACACAAGCACACUUUUCUGCAAUGCAUAUAGAAAUAUGGCUGCUGAGGCUACUACACGUGUCCAGGAGUUUUUCACAGAUGUUGGACUCUUCAUCUUUGGCACAGACAUUAGCACAGAAGAAUUUGUCAACAGAUUUUUUGACACCCUCUUCCCAGUAGUCUACAACCAUGUGAUUAACCCUGGUCUGACUGACAUUUCACUGGAAUAUGCAGAGUGCCUCCGAAUGGCGAGAAGAGACAUUAGGCCCUUUGGUAACAUUCCCAAAAAGGCCAUAGGACAAAUGGGAAGAUCACUGUUACCCAGCCGGACUUUCUUGCAGGCUCUGAAUUUGGGUAUUGAAGUGAUCAAUACAACAGAUCAUCUGCAUUUCUCUAAAGACUGCAGCAGAGCUUUACUGAGAAUGCAGUACUGCCCCCAUUGCCAAGGGCUGACUUUAAGUAAGCCCUGUAUGGGCUACUGCCUUAAUGUCAUCCGAGGCUGCUUAGCUAACGUGGCAGAAGUUGAUCUUCAUUGGCGGGGAUAUAUUCAGUCCCUGGAGGAGCUCUCAAGCGCCAUGAGUGGGAUGUACGACAUUGAGCACGUGCUUCUAAACUUUCAUUCACUUGUUAAUGACGCUCUCAUACAGGCUCAUAUCAAUGGACCAGAAUUAUCUGAGCAGGUGAACAAGGUAUGUGGUCCUCCUGUAAGGAAGCCUACGCAGUCUCCAGGUUGCUCCUUUGAUCAGAACAAUGAUAAUCAAGGGUUGAAGAUGUUCUCAAGAGACAGUGAAGCAACGCUCGCCAACAGAAGAAAAGAAUUUAUCAGUCACCUCCGGCUCUACAGAGCCUUUUAUGGCGGCCUGGCUGAUCAGCUGUGCGGUAAUGAGUUGGCAGCUGCUGAUGGACUCCCAUGUUGGAAUGGAGAAGAUGUUGUAAGAAGCUAUACUCAUCGUGUGGUUGGCAGUGGAAUCAAAGCUCAGUCUGCAAAUCCAGAAGUAAAAGUGAAGGGAACAGAUCCUGUAAUAAGUCAAAUUAUUGACAAGCUGAAACAUGUUAUUCAG